AUGAGACUAUCUUUCAUCUUAGUCUUCAUUACUCUCGGGGCAGUCCCCAGCCAAGGGCAUUACGUGCCACCGAUCGACCAUGAAAAUAAAGACAAACAGGACCUAGGGUGUCUUGUUGAAGAUAUACAGGCAAAGGUUUUCAAGUUCCUUGAUAAUAGGGAAGCUGAACUUCAUGCGAGAAAUGAGAGUACUCAAUGCACAACAAAGAAUAUUGUGUUUCGCCGCGAAUACGGAUCUCUUACCGAGGCCGAAAGAUUAGACUACAUCAACGCUGUGAAGUGUCUUCGGAAGUUACCGCCACGAUCUCCCGCAAGUCUGGUGCCUGGAGCGAGGUCUCGAUAUGACGACUUCGUUGCGGCUCACAUCCAGCAAACACUGUCUAUUCACCUCACUGGAAAUUUUCUACCAUGGCAUCGCUGGCUGAUACAUGAAUAUGAGCGUGCAUUGCGGGAGGAAUGUGGCUACAAGGGUUACCAACCUUACUGGGACUGGCCCAAAUAUUCCUCAGCGCCAGAAAAAUCUCCCAUAUUUAACGGUGAUCCCUAUAGCCUGGGAGGGAAUGGAGAUUUUGUCCCUCACGAUGGACGUAUCCGCCAGUCACCAAAUGACCUCCCUAUCGCCGGAGUCGGGAUGUGGGUGCCUCCCGGCCUUGGAGGCGGCUUUGUUACCAAAGGGCCAUUCGCUAAUAUGACAAUCAAUCUUGGCCCGCGCGAUAGCGUGGCGUAUAAUCCUCGACGUCUCAAGCGAGAUGUCGGCUCGACUUAUAACACUCGAUUCGCUAACUAUACAACUGUUUUAAACAUUUUGCGGCAGCCAAAUAUCGAAGAGUUUCGGUAUCAACUAGAAGGCGUGCCUUACAGCAAUGAGAUUGUCGGGCCGCACAUCGCUGGACACAUUACUAUUGGCGGCGAUCCUGGAGGUGACAUAUAUGCCUCCCCUGGCGAUCCAGCAUUCUAUGUGCACCACGCAAUGGUAGACCGGAUAUGGACUCUAUGGCAAGCGGUUGAUCCUGAAUCACGGCAUAAGAAGCUAGGGGGCAGGGAAUAUGGUCACAUCACCUGGGCAAACACGCCCCCUUCGAGGGAGACGAAGCUGGGUGACAAUAUCGACUUGGGCCAGUCGGUACAUGAUGAUGUAAACACAGGCAAAGUUGUCCCAAGUGGCAAUGUUCUGGAGAUAUCCCCGGAGCUUUUAUUCAGAAGUGUGGACAAUGUCGAAACUGCCCGCGUAAUAAACCUGCUUCUCGAGCUACGAGAUGAUAGCUAA